GGGCGCUCCAUCCUGCAGGCAGACUUGCACAGAUCUGGGCAGAGUGCUCAGUCAGCGCUACAUGUAUAUCACACACGCCCACAUUAAUGAGUGCACACCACCGGCUGCAACAUCCAGCCGACUUCACCUGAAUCAGCAAAGCGAGGAACAAAACCACAGAACAAUGCGCGCAUAUUGCAUUAUGCGAUACCGCAGGUUAUUACUACUUUUGCGCUCUUUCAGGAGGUAAUGGGGGAGGUGUAAGCUUGCAUGCUAUCAACAUGGAUUGCCUUUUUCUUCUGAUAUGGACUUUACCCAUCCCGCUGGUCGGCUGCAACUCAGUCAAGCUUCUCUCCACCCUCUUGUCCUGGAAUAUCAUCAAGACGCUGCACAUUUGCUGCACAGGCACCUCACACGCCGCGUCGGCCAGCUAUUCUUCCAGCGACAGCCACGGAUUAAAUCAUGACUACAUGUUUGUAACUCCAGUUGAGGUGGACUCUGAGGGAGGAUACCUGACCCACGAUGUGACCAGGCGAAGCCAUCGCAGCAGGAGGUCCCUCUCUCCUUCUCUACAUUAUCGGCUCUCUGCCUUCGGGCAGGACAUGCACCUGGACCUGCAUCUGUCCUAUGUAGUUGGCCCGGGGUUCACCGUGCAGAUGCUCGGCUUGGACGGCAUUGCCACAGUGAUGGAUGACACGGGGUUUGACAACUGCCUGUACCAGGGAUUCAUCCGUAACCUGUCGGCCUCCUCAGCAGCUAUAUCGACAUGUUCUGGACUGUCUGGUUUGAUCCGUGUGUCGCAGGAGGAGUAUUUGAUCACCCCACUACCCCAACAUCUGGCCAAACAGCACAACUACAGCGCCCCCAGUGGUCACCACCCACAUGUAGUGUACAAACGCUCAGCUGAACACAUUGUGCACAGAAGCUCUAGCAGCCCGUCUAGCACCAGUUCUAUCAGACCUGUCAAUCUGUAUCUUCACCAGCAUCACCAUGACUACCAGCAUGGGAAGCUGCAGAGGCAACACUUCUGCGGACACCGCAAGCAAUACACUCCCAAGCCUCCCACUGAGGACCGUUUCAUUAUGCCUGAUGAAUUUGUGGUGCCUGAGGUGGAAGGGCCAGGAAGAGCAAAGAGAUCACCCAUCAACUCUAACAGGGUGGGAGGUCUGAAUGUGGAGACCCUGGUGGUCGCAGACAGGAAGCUGCUGGAGAAACACGGCAGGGACAAUGUCACCACCUACAUCCUCACUGUCAUGAACAUGGUUUCCAGUCUUUUCAAAGAUGGCACCAUUGGGACAGACAUCAACAUAGUGGUUGUUAGCCUGUUACUGCUGGAACAGGACCCACUGGGCUUGAACUUAAAUCACCAUGCUGACCAGUCCCUCAACAGUUUCUGUCAGUGGCAGUCAGGUUUGGUGGGGAAAGGUGGUAAACGGCAUGACCAUGCUGUUCUCCUCACCGGGCUGGACAUCUGCUCCUGGAAGAACGAGCCCUGUGACACGCUUGGCUUUGCCCCCAUCAGUGGCAUGUGUAGUAAGUACAGGAGUUGUACCAUCAAUGAGGACACAGGACUCGGCUUGGCAUUCACCAUUGCUCAUGAGUCGGGACACAAUUUUGGGAUGAUCCAUGAUGGGGAGGGCAACACUUGUCGCAAGACGGAGGGUAAUAUUAUGUCUCCUACUCUGGCUGGAAACAAUGGGGUCUUCUCCUGGUCCAUCUGCAGUCGUCAGUACCUCAGUCGCUUCCUUGGAACAGCCCAGGCAUCCUGUCUGGUGGAUGAGCCCAAGCAGAUUGGUCAGUACAAGUACCCUGAACAGCUUCCUGGGCAGCUGUAUGACGCAGACACACAGUGCAAGUGGCAGUUUGGUUUCAAGGCCAAGCUGUGCAGUCUAGAUUUUGUCAAGGACAUCUGCAAGUCACUGUGGUGUCAUCACGCAGGACACCGGUGUGAGACUAAGUUCAUGCCUGCUGCUGAAGGCACUAGCUGUGGUCCUGAUAUGUGGUGUCGGAGGGGUCAGUGUGUUAAAUAUGGGGAGCAUGGUCCCCGGGCGGUCCAUGGCCAGUGGUCAGCCUGGUCCCAGUGGUCUGACUGCUCCAGAACCUGUGGAGGAGGGGUCAUGUACAGAGAGCGCUUCUGUAGCAGCCCAAGGCCACAGAACAAUGGUAAAUUUUGUCCCGGCUCUAGCCGCCUCAACCAGCUGUGUAACACUCGGCCAUGCCCUUUCAAUGCCGUGGACUUUCGGGCCCAGCAGUGUGCUGAGCACAACAGCAAGCCCUUCAGGGGCUGGUACUAUAAGUGGAAGCCCUACACCAAAGUGGAUGAUGAAGACAUCUGUAAACUGUACUGCAUUGCAGAAGACUUUGACUUCUUCUUCGCUAUGUCCAGCAAAGUCAAAGAUGGCACCUCCUGCUCGGAUUACAAUGAGGAUGUCUGCAUUGAUGGAGUGUGUGAGGCAGUGGGUUGUGACCACAUUCUGGGUUCCAAGGCCACUAUGGAUGCUUGUGGAGUCUGUAAGGGAGACAACUCUACUUGCAAGAUUUUCAAGGGCCAAUAUACCCUUCAACACAAGGCUAAUGAGUAUUAUUCUAUGGUAACAGUCCCAGCUGGGGCACGAAGCAUUCACAUUCAGGAAAUACAGGUUUCCACCAGCUACCUGGCCAUUCGGUCUUUGAACAGGAAGUACUACCUUACUGGGGAAUGGACUGUAGACUGGCCCGGGAAGUUCUACUUUGGUGGGACUGUGUUUGACUACCAGCGCUCUUUCAACAAGCCAGAGAGCCUGUAUGCCCCUGGACCUACUAAUGAAACACUGGUAUUUGAAAUCCUUCUGCAGGGAAAGAACCUGGGUGUGCUGUGGGAGUACACUUUGCCUCGGACCGAGAGAAAACCUGACUACAGCUGGGGUGUGGUGCAUUCAGACUGCUCUGCUCCCUGUGCUGGAGGUCGUAUUUCAACCAAGGCUAUCUGUCUGCAGGACCAGAAGGUGCAGGUCAACUCCACCGUGUGCAAUCCUCACACAAGACCAACACUGGGUUCCCAUCUCUGCAACACACAGCCCUGCCCUGCAUAUUGGGAAACAGGAGACUGGGGGCCCUGCAGUCUCUCGUGUGGAGGAGGUCAGCAGGCAAGGACAUUACGUUGCCUGAGGAAGGUGACCUACCAGAGGCAAGAGGUGGUGACACACUCCCUCUGCCCUGUCAUCUCCCCUGCUCAGGUCCAACCCUGCCACACCCAGCCCUGCCCGCCAGAGUGGAGCACUGGAUCUUGGUCACAGUGCUCCAAGACAUGUGGGCGUGGACUGAGAAAGCGAAGUGUGUUUUGCAGUAGCACGGAUCCUGGGGCCAAAGCGGUGGUGGUGCCCGACAGCAUGUGCAGACAGAACCACCAACCCAAAGCCCAAGAGACCUGUGUCCUGCGGCGUUGCCCAAAAAAUGAAAGGCUGCAGUGGAUCCCCGCCCCCUGGGGCGAGUGCUCCAGGUCUUGUGGUCCAGGCAUCCAGAAGAGAGAGAUUUGCUGUGGAGAGAAGGACUUCCGGGGAGGGUAUGUGGAGUUCCCCAUACGGAGAUGCAGACAUUUGGCCAAACCUUUAGUGGAUCUCCAACAGGACUGCAACCGAGGUCCAUGCCCAGAGCUCCCUCAGGUUGUCUCUGGCAGAACAACCGCCAGUGCUGUGGUCCUAGGCUGGUACUCCUCUCCCUGGCAACAGUGCUCUGUGUCCUGUGGCGGAGGGGUCCAGACUCGGUCCAUCCAGUGUCUCCGGCAAGGUCGUCCUGCAGCUGGCUGCGUGCCCCACCAGAGACCUGUCACUUCCAGGGCGUGCAACACGCACUUCUGCACUGCCGCUCUCCCAGCACAAUACCCUAGCCGGGUCAGAGCUGCCGGACCGACACUGAAAGAUGAGUACUGCGUGGACCAUUUCAGGUGGUGCCACUUGGUUCCAAAGCAUGGCGUAUGCAGCCACAAGUUCUAUGGACAGCAGUGCUGCAAGUCCUGCUCCAGCAACAGGCCAUAGAGCUCUGACAGCUCUGGGUCUGUGGCUUCUGGCCAAACAACACUGCAGAGGCCAUUCAGGGGCAGUUACUCACAACACAAGGAACUGUGCUCAACUACAUGUGUUUUCUUCCUGGAGUACUUGACUAAUGAAUUUUGUUAAAGAAGGCAAUGUGGCUGCUCAUCUGCUAAAGCAGCAGCAUCAACUCACUGCUUGCAUUGGAAAUGGAAAGACAGUGCAACUAAAAACUCAUUGCUAUAAAAUAUAGUUGUCAUUUUGUAGAGUGUUUUCCUGUUAAAACCUUUGAAACUACAAGCCAUCAAGGGAACAGGAAAGGUUUAUAGAGUUUUUAGCUAGCUUAUAUGUUGUAUGUUUAAAGAAGUCUGGUUUCAUACGCCUUUAUUUAAGUUAUUAUGGUUCGUAAUAUAUGAUUUACAUUUUAUCAGGUGUACAGUGGAUCUGUGACGUUAUUUCUGUUUGGACACACCAUAGGAUUUGUGCUAGUCACCCUUGGAUCCACGUUGUGAGAUGCAUUAUUAGGCAAUGCUCAGAAUGUCCUCUGCACUUCUUCACACAUUCUCCGCUUGUCAUGUUUGCUGCUGCUGAAUACAUUUUUCCUUUCGUUCAUGUAAACACUAUGAAAACAUGUACAUCUGUGUAUGUUAAACAUUAUAUUCAGUCACAUUGUAAGUGGUCAUUUUUCUCUCUCCUAUAUCCUUAUGGUAAUACAGCUAUUAAUCAUCUAUUCAUCUUUCUUUUCUUCCCUGCAUUCUCUUUAUUGGCUAUUGCCACGGUGAGUGGAAUAAUGAACAGUGUUGCCUACAG